GCUGAUGUCAAGAUAUAGAGAGCGGCAAAAAUAUGAUAGUAAAGAUCUUAAAAAUUACCUGUAGGAAUUAUCUGAAUGGUCUAAAUUUGGCAGUUGCCGAUAAAUGCUUCCAAGUGCACUAUGAUGCAUAUUGGUCACCAAGGUACAGAUACAUACACGGUGAAUAACAUUGAGCUACCUGUCGUUCACACACACAAUGACCUAGGAGUCAUCAUUAUCGAAGAAUUAAAAACUAAUACUACUACGUUCGAUAAAUACCAAAGGUUUAGAACCCUAUGGUCAAUAUGUAGAGCCUUUAGUCAUGCAAAUGCUAAAACCUUUUUGACUUUAUGUACAGUAUUUAUCCGUCGUAAACUGGAAUACUACAUACAAUCGAAUAGCCCGUCUAAAAAGAAACAGUACGCUGUUGGAAAAGGUUCAAGGAACCGCAAGUAAGCUGACUCUCGGGACAGCACAGCUCCUAUUUUAUGCUCAACUGGCCAAAAUAAAC